AUGCGCCCCCACGUUCACUUCAAUUCAGAAUCGUUUGAUCUUUACGAAGAUGUAUCUGGCCUAUACAAUGACUUGCUGUGGCUAGCCGAUGUGUCAAGUCAGUGCUUUUAUCCUCCCAGACAAGUCUGGUACGAUUUUAUUGAACCCGAAGGGAUGAAAGGCUUGGUGAGCACUAGGGCGGAUUCGAACUUAGGAUCGAUCGUGCUGGAAGCGGAACCUCUAACCGCUACACUACACCCGCCCGCAACAGAAAUAUUGCCGCAGGAACAAGUGAAGACCAAAUUCAUAACAUCUCAAAUCAAUUUAAUUGCGCUUCUAGACUAUGAAGAGUUGCAGAGUCUUGAGAGAUUCCAAACUGACAAUGAGGAAUUUGUUGCCGAGCGAAGAGAAUAG